CCGCCGUGUCACAUGACUCCCCCCGACCAAUCAGAGGGCGGAGCGCGAUCACCUGACCCGAGGAAGAUGGCGGCCUCCGAGUAGGGAUCGGGCGGGUCUCUCCAGUUUUGUCCGGGUGUCUCCGGGUUUGGUUGCACCGCAGGCCAUGGAGGAGGCGCCGGAAGAUGCUGGAGGGAGCCCGAGCCUGUUCCAGCUGUGUGCCCGGACCGUCACCUCCAACAUGGAGAGCCUGGAGGAGGAAGUGUGGGAUCUCCCGGCAAUCAUCCUACAAGGUCUCCUCCCUCUACUGAACAUCUACUACCUAGAGAGGAUCGAGUCGGCCGCCACCAAGAAAGGUCUUUCCACCCAAUCCAUCUGGUGCAAACUAUGGAAUGAAAUCAUGAAGAACAAACCCACCCGACUCAUGACGGUGACGUGUUGGAGGAAGAAGUUCCUGGAGACGUUCUUUCACAACGUCUUGCGCGGCGCUCUGGACGUUUCCUCUGAUUGGCGCCUCAACGACCGCCGCUUCUCCCCCCUGGUGCACAGCUCGCAGCACGUCUCGGAAUUCACCAUCUUCGGGAAGCAGCAGGGGGUGUCGGAUCUGACCCCCGCCGUCCUGGAACGCUUGGCCCAGUCCGUGGAGAGUCUGAGGUUCCUUCACAUCCGUCUGUCUGACCCCAACACCCAGAAAUGCCUGAAACUGCUGCUGCACCACCUCAUCCACCACGGCCACGUCACCAAGGUGUCGGUGCUGUCCUGGCCCCGCCCCGAUAAGGAGCUGCUGGCGCUGAUCCUGAAUAUCAGCGCCGGGUACUGGCAGGAGGUCACCGAUCACCCCUGUGCCCUGUGUGACCACCCCCCCCAAUGGAGCCAAGAGGAGCUGGGCAGCCAAAGUGCCUUGUUAAGCCUGCAGCCUCUAAACAUCAGCCAGAAUGUGGCCCCUGACCAGCCUCAGACCGGGGCCCCUGGGCCCUCGGAAGAAGGGGCGGGGAGUGGCACCGCCGUGCCUUUGGCUGAACCGGCCAGUGAAACCUCAUCUACCUCAAACGAUGGACCGGCGCCCCCUGCAGAGCCGGCAUCCGAAACCGGGGACUUGUAUGACUUCAUCUUCAGUGUCCCUCCUACGGAGGAGGGGCAGGAGGAGGAGACUACGAUCGGGGAGCCCCUCCUUCCUGGCGCCAUCCGCCUCCGCAGCGUCAGAACGCUGAACCUGCACAACGUCUUCCUGACCCCGGGGACCUGCCGCUGCCUCUGCCAACUCCUCCGCUCCUGGGUGUCCCUGGAAAGGCUGACCAUGGCCUACAAUGAUCUGCAGACCAAUAUCAGCAUGUUCCUGGAGGCGCUGUCCCACCUGUCCCGGGACCCCCGCUGCUCCCUCAGCGCCCUCUCUAUGAGCGACUUCAGCACCUACGUCACCAUCCUGGACCUGGCCCAGACCAUCCUCCGCACCUUCCCCGCCCUGCAGUCUCUCUUACUGUGCUACGACCUGGAGGAGAGCAGCGACAAGGUGGUGGUGGAGGCGGGGCCUGCAGGGUUCACAGAGAACCAGUUGAAGCAGUUGGAUCUUCGCUUCCCUCAGAAUUCGUUGGAAGUUCAUCGUUUGGCGUCGGCGCUGAAGGCGUCGCCCUGCCUGGUGGAGCUGUCCCUGGAUAACGCCAUACUGACCCGCCACCAGGAUGUCAAACUUUUACUGCAAACAAUCACAGAACACAACGUCGCUCUUCGCAGACUCGGCUUCCAUGACCUGAACCUGACCGACUCUCAGGCGGAGAUUGUGCACCUCCUGAGCCAUUCCAGCUUGGAAGAAGUCAAGUUCUCCUUCUGCCGUCUCUUUGAGAGGAUGCCGCGGGAUUUCCUCGCUCAGUUUGUUGGCGCUCUGAAGAAAAAUUCCAUCCUGAAGAUCCUAAAGUUGGGAGGAAACCGUCUGGGGAACAAGGGAUUGGGCGCUCUGGCUGAUCUCUAUGCUGCAGAUUCCUCGUCAUUGGUUCACUGUCUGGAUGUCAGCUCUAACUGCAUCACCUCGGCCGGUCUGCUCCAGUUUGCGAAGAAGUUGGAGGGAUUGGGGAACAUUAAGCUGCGGCGGCUCCUCAUCACCCAGAACGGGCUGGACAUGGACCCCAUAAUGACCCACAAUGCCCUGAGGACUCUGGAGAGAAUUUGUUGUGUCGUUAAGGACAGCUGGGACCCCGCACACGCCUUCGCUGACCACCUCAGCGUCAUGUGACCUGCGUAUUGUAUACAAGAUGGCGGAACGUGCUGUGCAUGCUCUGUACGUCACACCGCGGCCUCUGAACGCCUCGGAACUUCACUUUAUUAUGCAUGUCUCCUUACCGAUUUCACAGGGUGGGGGGCGGGGCUGGUCUGUCUAUCUCCAUAUGUGCUCUUCUAUGAUCUUCCACUGAUGCCAAAAAAAGCUGCAACCAUGACCGUGCAAUUCACAGAGCGACCACCGGAGGGAGCACGUGACAGUGCAAUUCACAGUGUGACCACCGGAGGGAGCGCGUGACUGUGCAAUUCACAGAGCCACCACCGGAGGGAGCGCGUGACUGUGCAAUUCACAGAGGGAGCGCGUGACCGUGCAAUUCACAGAGCGACCACCGGAGGGAGCGUGUGACAGUGCAAUUCACAGAGCGACCACCGGAGGGAGCGUGUGACCGUGCAAUUCACAGAGCGACCACCGGAGGGAGCGCGUGACCGUGCAAUUCACAAAGCAACCACCGGAGGGAGCGCGUGACCGUGCAAUUCACAGAGCGACCACCGGAGGGAGCGCGUGACCGUGCAAUUCACAGAGCGACCACCGGAGGGAGCGCGUGACCGUGCAAUUCACAGAGCGACCACCGGAGGGAGCGCGAGACCGUGCAAUUCACAGAGCGACCACCGGAGGGAGCCCGUGACCGUGCAAUUCACAGAGCGACCACCGGAGGGAGCGCGUGACCGUGCAAUUCACAGAGCGACCACCGGAGGGAGCGCGUGACCGUGCAAUUCACAGAGCGACCACCGGAGGGAGCGCGUGACCGUGCAAUUCACAGUGUGACCACCGGAGGGAGCGCGUGACCGUGCAAUUCACAGAGUGACCACGGGAGGGAGUGCCGCUCAUUGGCAGCCUUAGAUGUGGAGGGGGUGUAGAUUGGGGGGGGUGGUGGGUGAGACGUCAGCGGAGAGAGAUCCUGUCAGCAGAAAUUUGUGUUCCUGUGGGCAGAGAAGUAAUCUGGGGGGGGGGGGAAGCAGCAUUUGUCUGCAAUAAUCCAACAUGGCCGACUGUGCCUUCCCCUGACGAUGGUCAGCCAUGGUGGGGGGUUAGACAGCCAGUAGUGAGUGUCUCAUUUUGGGCAUCUCAUAGGAGAAGUAAUAGACUUCCAUAGCUGACCUGUCCUAAAAAUGCUGCUUGACUGGCUGCCUUACUGAUCCUCUGGCUUCUCUGUAGCCCCAUCCCCCGAGAGAGAUUCAGAAUUCUGCCUUACAGAAGUAUUGGAUUCAGAAAGCCCAGCGAGGAAGUCUCUCUAUAUAUAUGUCUGCUGAGACGGGUCCAUAUUAUUCCAUGUAUUUCCCCUGCAGGGGGCAGCAUUGCCUGCCAAGGACACUCCAUUAUCUCUGCAGUACAGGGACCUGGACACUAGAGGGCGGCAGUGCGGGCCAAGGACACUUUAUUAUCUCUGCAGUACAGAGUUACGGACACUAGAGGGUGGCAGUGCCUGCCAAGCACACAUUAUUAUCUCUGCAGUACAGAGUCACGGACACUAGAGGGCGGCAGUGCCUGCCAAGGACACUUCCAAUAUCUCUGCAGUACAGGGACCUGGACACCAGAGGGCGGCAGUGCCUGCCAAGGAGGACACCCCAUUAUCUCCGCAUUACAGGGACAUUAGAGGGGGCGUUAUCCCUGCAGGUCACGUACACCAGAGGGUGGCAGCGCCUGCCAAGGAGGACACCCCAUUAUCUUUAGUACAGGGACAAGGACACUAGAGGGCGGCAGUGCAGGCCAAGGACACCCCAAUAUCUUUGCAGUAUAGGGACAUUGGAGGGCGUUAUCACUGCAGUACAGGGUCAUGGACACUAGAGGGUGGAAGUGCCUGCCAAGGAGGACACCUUAUUAUCUCUGCAGUACAGGUCCUCAGACACUAGAGGGCGGCAGUGCGGGCCAAGCACACCCCAUUAUCUCUGCAGUACAGGGACCUGGACACUGGAGGGCAGCAGUGCCUGCCAAGGAGAACACCCCAUUACCUCUGCAGUACAGGGACCUGGACAUUAGAGGGCGGCAGUGUGGGCCAAGGACACUCCAUUAUCUCCGCAUUACAGGGACACAGACACCAGAGGGCGGCAGUGCGGGCCAAGAACACCCAUUAUCUUUGCAGUAUAGGGACAUUAGAGGGCAUUAUCCCUGCAGUAUAGGGUCACGUACACUAGAGGGUGGCAGCGCCUGCCAAGGACACCCCAUUAUUUCUGCAGUACAGGGACCUGGACACCAGAGGGUGGCAGUGCAGGUCAAGGACACCCUAUAAACUCUGCAGUGCAGGGACACGGAUCCUAGAGGGCGGCAAUGCCUGCCAAGGAGGACACCCCAUUUCCUCUGCAGUAUAGUAACCUGGACACUAGAGGGCGGCAGUGCGGGCCAAGGACGCCCCAUUAUCUCUGCAGUACAGGGACCUGGACACCAGAGGGUGGCAGUGCCUACCAAAGAGGACACCCCAUUAUCUCCACAGUACAGGGACAUUAGAGGGCGUUAUCCCUGCAGUAUAGGGUCACGGACACUAGAGGGCGGCAGUGCCUGCCAAGGAGGACACCCCAUUAUCUUUGCAGUAUAGUGACCUGGACACUAGAGGGCGGGAGUGCCUGCCAAGGAGACCCCAUUAUCUCUGCAGUACAGGGACAGGGAAACUAGAGGGCGGCAGUUCCUGCCAAGGACACUCCAUUAUCUUUGCAGUAUAGCGACAUUAGAGGGUGUUAUCUCUGCAGUACAGAGUCACGGACACUAGAGGGCAGCAGUGCCUGACAAGGGCACCCCAUUACCUCUGCAGUAUAGUGACCUGAACACUGGAGGGCGGCAGUGCCUGCCAAGGAGGACACCCCAUUAUCUUUGCAGUAUAGUGACCUGGACACCAGAGGGCGGCAGCACGGGUCAAGGAUACCCCAUUAUCUCUGCAGUACAGGGACACGGACACCAGAGGGCGGCAUACACCACACGACACUCCAGACCGCUGAGAAUGGAGGGAAAGCGGAUGAGACACGAAUGAUUUACGCAGUGCUCUUCUUCUUCUUCCUUCACUCAGGAAUGAUCUUCCCCGGGAAAUGUUCUCCGGCUCCUCGGCGGAUUGUUGUUAUCAGCAGUCUUGGGGUGGAAGCGCUCCGUUCCUUUCUAUGCCAAUGUAAAUAUUAUUUUUUUUUAAUCAUCUCUCUGAAACAUAAAAUUGUAAUAAUUCUGGAAUAAAGGUGAUUGUAAAAGAA